ACCUUCAUCUUGCACUAGUCCCCAAGGCCCAAGCCUUUUUCUGCUUCCUUCAGACCGCUCCGGAGUCCAGAACCUUCCCCUUCUUCCUUCUCCACCUAAAACUCCCCAAGCCCAAACCCUAACCACCGCCGGCAAUGUCGGCGGCGGAGGACCCCCGCCGCGUCCGCAACACGUGCAUCCUCGCGCACGUGGAUCACGGCAAGACCACCCUGGCGGACCACCUGGUGGCGUCCUUCGGGGACGGGCUCCUCCACCCGAAGCUGGCCGGCCGGCUCCGCUUCAUGGACUACCUCGACGAGGAGCAGCGCCGGGCCAUCACCAUGAAGUCAGCAGCCGUCGCGCUCCGCUGGGGCAGGCACCGCGUCAGCCUCAUCGACUCCCCCGGACACAUCGACUUCUGCUCCGAGGUCUCCUCCGCAGCCCGGCUCUCCGACUCGGCGCUCAUCCUCGUCGACGCCGUAGAGGGGGUGCACAUCCAGACCCACGCCGCGCUGCGCCAGGCCUUCGUCGAGCGGCUCCGGCCCUGCCUGGUGCUCAACAAGCUCGACCGUCUCAUCACCGAGCUCCACCUCACCCCCGCCGAGGCCUACGCGAAACUCCACCGCAUCGUCUCGGACGUCAACUCCAUCUACUCCGCGCUGCGGUCGCACUCCUACUUCUCCCUCCUCUCGGCCCUCGAGGACAGCCCCGCCUCCAGCUCCUCGUCCCCCGCCGAGGACCUCCCCGAGGACAUCGAAGACGACGACGACGACGAGGACGCAUUCCAGCCCCUGAAGGGCAAUGUCGUCUUCGCCUGCGCACUCGACGGCUGGGGCUUCCGCCCCCAACAGUUCGCCGACCUCUAUGCCAAAAAGUUCAAAGUCAACGCCUCGGCCUUCCUGAGAGGAUUGUGGGGCCCGAGAUACUACGAUAAGGAGACGAAGAGGGUUGUGGGGAAGAAAGCCAUGAAGAGCGCAGACCCGCAGCCAAUGUUCGUGGAGUUUGUGCUAAAGAACCUGUGGAAGAUGUACCAGCUAGUGCUGACGGAGGGUGGUGAGAGUAAGAAGGUUCAGGAAGUCAUUGAUAAUUUCAAGUUGGGGGUUCCAAAACGGGAGCUGCAGAACAAGGAUCCAAAGGUGGUGCUGCAGUCUGUGAUGAGCCGGUGGCUGCCACUGGCAGAUGCAGUGAUGGAUAUGGUGGUGGAGUGUACACCUGACCCCGUUGCUGCUCAAGGGGUCAGGCUUGUGAGGCUUAUGCCAAAGAGGGAGGUUGCGCCAGAGGAUGCUGCUGGUUGCCCUGAGGUUGUUGCCGAGGCAGAGAGGGUGAGGAGGUGUGUUGAGGCCUGUGAUGUGAGUUAUGAUGCACCGGUGGUGGUUUACGUGUCAAAGAUGUUUGCGGUGCCAUAUAAGAUGUUGCCAUUGAAGGGGGUGAAUGGGGAACCGUUGAACCACAACAGUGCCAUUGAGUCUGAGGAGUGUUUUAUGGCGUUUGCGAGGGUCUUCAGUGGGGUCCUUCGUGCAGGGCAGAAGGUUUUUGUGCUAUCGCCAUUGUAUGAUCCGCUGAAAGGGGAUGCGAUGCAGAAGCAUGUGCAGGAAGUGGAGCUGCAAUACUUGUAUGAGAUGCUGGGACAGGGCCUGAAGCCAGUUGCCAGUGUGGGUGCUGGCAAUGUGGUUGCGAUCCAGGGCCUUGGCCAGCAUAUAUUGAAGAGCGCUACAUUGUCAUCCACAAAGAAUUGCUGGCCCUUUUCGAGUAUGAUGUUCCAGGCAUCUCCAAUGCUUAAGGUUGCGAUUGAGCCCUCAAAUCCGUCCGAUUUGGGGGUUCUUGUUAAAGGGCUUAAGCUUCUUAACCGGGCAGACCCAUUUGUUGAGUACACUGUUUCGCACAGAGGUGAGCAUGUCCUUGCUGCUGCUGGUGAGAUACAUUUGGAGCGGUGCAUAAAGGAUCUGGAGGAGAGAUUUGCAAAGGUCAAAUUGGUGGUCUCAGACCCCCUAGUUUCCUUCAAAGAGACAAUCGAAGGAGAAGGUGUUGGCUUAAUGGAGAGCUUGAAGGCCCCGCAGGAUUUUGUUGAGAGGAUUACUCCAAACGGAAGAUGCACUGUGAGAGUUCAGGUCUUGAGGCUUCCCAAUGCCCUGACUAAGGUCCUUGAGGAAAGUGAACAAUUGCUUGGUCAAAUAAUUGAGGGGAAAACAGCGAAAAGGGACGGUGUCUUGGAUCCACUGCUUUCUCAUGAUGAUGGUGAUUCUGCUGCAACACUUAGGCAGCGGAUGAUCAAUGCCAUAGACAGUGAAUUAGAAGCGAUUUCCAAUCGAAUGGAUAAAGAAAAACUUGAGAGGUAUAGAAAGGCAUGGCUUGGAUACCUUCAAAGAAUCUGGUCCCUAGGUCCUUGGCAGGUUGGUCCAAAUCUCCUCCUCUUGCCUGAUGUGAAAUCAAGUGAUGGUGUGAUAACCAUCCAAGAUGGAAGGCGAGGCAUUCUUGUGUGCGGUCGAUCUCAUGUCUCUGAGAGAUUGGGGUUUGUGAGCGAAUCUGAUGCCGAAGCUAACAAUAAUCUUGACAACGGUGAAUCAGUGGCAAAUGCUCCUGAAUCAUUACAUCUAGAGUCUAUGGCACUAAGGAACAGCGUUGUCUCAGGAUUUCAGAUUGCCACAAAUGCUGGGCCAUUAUGUGAUGAACCAAUGUGGGGUCUGGCGUUUAUUGUUGAGCCUUACGUAUUUGAUGACAGCUCUGAUACUUCCAAUCACUCUGAUCAAUACAACAUCUUCAGCGGUCAAGUAAUCACUGCGGUUAAAGAAGCAUGCCGAGCAGCUGUUCUUCAGAACAAGCCAAGGCUUGUUGAGGCCAUGUACUUCUGUGAGUUGACCACACCAACAGAGCAAUUAGGCGCAACAUAUGCAGUUCUUGGUAAGAAGCGAGCAAGGGUUCUGAAAGAAGAGAUGCAAGAGGGAACUUCAUUGUUCACAGUGCAUGCUUACUUGCCAGUGGCUGAGAGUGUUGGAUUUUCUAAUCAUCUUAGGAGCAUAACUGCAGGUGCAGUUAGUGCUCUGCUCGUUCUUAGCCACUGGGAAGCUAUUCCUGAGGACCCCUUCUUUAUCCCAAAGACACAGGAGGAGAUUGAAGAAUUUGGAGAUGGUUCAAGCAUUGGGCCAAACUUGGCUAAAAAGCUUAUGAAUUCUGUUAGGCGAAGAAAAGGACUGCAUGUUGAAGAGAAAGUUGUGGAACAUGGAUCAAAACAGCGGACUCUCGCUAAGAAAGUAUAGUUAUAUUUCUUGGGAGUUAGGAAAACUGUAUCUUUGUUCCAGAUUUUGUCCUGGUAUACGGAAAUAUAAUUGAAAUUUUAUGCGAUCAUAUAAUUUCAUACGCUGAGCUUAUUUUCAAUGGAUAUUGUUGUUUGAGAUAA